AUGGUACGAAGUUGGCCGAAUAUCGCCAUUACCGGCACGCCCGGAACAGGUAAAUCGACACAUUGCGAAUUGGUGAUCGAAUCAUUACCGAUCAUGCGUCAUAUUAACGUGGGAACACUUGUCAAAGAGCGUUCAUUUCAUGAAGGCUGGGAUGCCGAUUAUCAAACAUACGAUGUUGAUGAAGAUGCAUUGUUGGAUUAUAUUGAACCUUUGACAGGCAAGAAUGCACCCGAACCAGAAGAUGAUGAAGCAGAAAAACGUGGAGGACUCUUGUUGGAUUGGCAUUGUUGUGAAGCAUACCCGCUACGAUGGGUGGAUUUAGUGGUCGUGCUGCGAUGCGAUCAUCAACAGCUAUGGGACAGAUUAGAAAAGAGAAAGUAUCCUUUGGCAAAAAUUCAAGAUAAUAAUGAAGCAGAAAUCACAAACUUUGUCUUGAACGAAGCACGCGAGGCAUACCCUCUCGAAUCUAUCGUUGAACUUAAAAGCGAAACAAACGACGACGUAGAAGCUAAUGUAGAAAGAAUCGUUGAAUGGAUCCGGUCGUGGCGUUCUCAGCAUGGCUUUGAGAGUACAUGA